CAUCACCCAAAGCUUUUCCCUCCAAAACAAAACAAGAGAGAGAGAGAGAGAGAGAGAGAGAGAGAGAGAGAGAGAGAGAGAGAGAGAGAGAGAGAGAGAGAGAGAGAGAGAGAGAGAGAGAGAGACGACGACGACGCGUGACAGGCUGACAAGCGAGAUGGCCCGCCUGAUCGUCAUCAAGCUGCUCGCCUUGGCCUUGGCCGUGAUGGCGCUGGCCGCGCCGGCGUCGGGGCAGGGCGCGGCGGUGUCGUGCACGGCGUCGCUGAUCACCAGCUUCACCCCGUGCUUCAACUUCCUCACCAACAGCACCAACGGGACGCCGACGGCCGACUGCUGCAAGUCCCUCGCGGCGCUGGUGAAUGCGAGCACCGACUGCGCGUGCCUCAUCCUCACCGGGAACGUGCCGCUCGGCGUGCCCAUCAACCGGACGCUCGCCGUCACUCUGCCCAAGGCGUGCAACUCCAUGUCCGUCCCGCUCCAGUGCCGAGACACGUCGUCUCAGAUCCCUGCUCCAGGCCCUGUCACAGAUGCGCCCUCCUCGUCCCCGCUGCCGCCAGCGACGCCGGCAACGCCGGAGACCGAAGCGCCUGCGCCGCCGGUGGAGCCCACCGCGACGCCGCCAGUCAGCCAGGGGCAGACGAGGCCGACGGUGGUGCCCAGCUCCGGCUGGAGAGAGAGCUCUCGCGUCUCCGCGACGGCUGCGUUCGUGCUGCUCCUCGCAGCUGGGGGAGCGCUGGUGUGAUUGCAUUCAUCGCGUUGGUCAGCUGAGCAAGCGAUGAGCAAGCAGAGUGGUACACAGAUUAUAUUGUAUUAGUAUUUGUUUGCAAGUCAUUUGGGGCAUUGAAUUCGCAUUCUUUCAGGUUGAAUUAUGUAACGAUACAGUUAUAGUGAAUAGUUAUAUGUUUCAUUUCA